AAAUGCUACGUAUCUUUUAUUUUACAGCGGGAAAAAGUGUUAAAAGGUUCUGCAGAACAGAUGAAGCUUAUGACUAUUGUGAUACAGAUUCUCAUUACUUCAAGGACUGUUCAUGUACUUCCAAUCUGUGUAACGGAGGAUCUAGCUCUCGACUCAAAAUCACUACUGUUGCCUUUAUAAGUUCCCUCCCUUUGAUUAUCUACAAAUUUGGCUUGUAAAGUGGAUUUUCUCUUUCAUCUCUUCGUUUGUGUUUUGUAAAUUAUAUCAUUUUCAAAUUUAACGAUGUUGCCUGUAAUAUGUUUUCCAUUUUUUUAUUGCUUGUUGUUGAAUCAAUUGAUAUUACAUGUACCUCUUUUUGAUGCCUUCAUAGUACACGUGUUUGUGGUAAAAUAGCUUUCUCAUAUUGUACUCAUAGUGUAAAGGUAGCAAGUUGCAGUUGCCAUAAUGAUUACAGCUUGUAUGUUACGGUCAAAGUAAACUGUAGCUCCGGAACUGGAAGGCUAUCAAAGGAGUUUUGUCUGCUAUCGAAUAUGCACGUGCAAACCCGCGUAUACGUUUAAGUGUUAGUAACAUCAUACUUAUUAAACAGUGCGAUAAAUUGCAUGUUUGCUGUGAGAUUCAUAACACUUUAACAAGUGUCUGUAUAUCGAAGGCUUCACUAUCCCCUAGACUAUGGUAAUUUUUGUUUUCCAUUUUAAGUUUGUCCAGUCUCGAAAUCUCUAAAACAGACUGUCUCUAUAAUCUGUAACAAAGGAAAAUAAAAAUAACAAAAAGAUGUUACGAUUGUAAUGUAAUACCUAGGUUUAUAAUUUUAUAUUUUGGUAUUUCUUUCGGAUAAUUAAGAUUUUAACUGUACAUUUCAAAAGUCAGACGAAACUUGUCAACUUUGCAGUAGCUUCGGGGUAAAAAACAUUCGUUAAUAUCCAAGUUUAAUUACCAGGUAGACAGGAAGUAAAAUAAUGUGUCUGCUGUUUUCCUGUAUAACACUUUAUAAACUCAAUAUACUCUGUGAUCAGGGAGAGGCUGCCCAAGUGGCGGGCUAAGCGACAUGUCGUCCCGCUCUCAUGAGCUGAAUGUUAAAAGCUAGUCUGAAGUACAUUGAUAAUCAAGAACUUGUGUUAAUAAAGUUGUUAACAGAACUGUUUUAAAAAUCUAUCAGAAAUUGAUUAUAUUUGUGAAAUUAGACUGAACAUUUUUAACUGUGCAUUGCGCUUCGUAUAGUAAAUAAAAAUGUUAGAACUGUCGUAAUGUGUUGUGUUCAUGACAAACUUCAGGUACACAGACCAAGUGCUACGUUACACGAUAUACUUUAUUAUUCGUAUAGCCCAUUUCACUACGAUUUUUAACGAGAUUCCACGGAAAUCAGCGAUUAUGAUCCGAACACAUAAUCGUCUGACCAAUCAAAUGCUGGAGGAUACAUGUACAAAAUGUUGUCGUAAUAUGCUAUAAAUAGUAACAUAAAUCUAAACAGAGAGAUGGAAAAUGGCGGAUUCUUUGGAGGAGUUUCGAAACCGCUGUAAAAAUGCCGCUCUAUUGCAUAGUGAAGGGAUGCAAAAACAUGUCAGGUAGAGGACACGAUGUCAAAUUCCAUCGAUUACCAGUUAAUAACGUGAAGAAUUGUAGAGAAUGGUUAAUAAGAGCAGGAAUGACAGAUAAAGAACUGAAAGAUGUGACAGUUUCUCAAUGCCGGAACUGGCGAAUUUGUUCGGCACAUUUCCAGUCAGCGCGUCAGACUCAGGAGCCAUUUCUUCCAACGAUCGGUCUACCAGAUUAUGAAAGAAAACUAGCAGCUACAGGUCUUUUACAACUGCAUGAUUCACAGGGGACUGCUUCCUCAUCAACAAACGGUACUUAUACAGGUUCUUCUGAGGCCAGCAUUCAGGAGAGUAGUGCAAUGCAGGGUGAUCAGAUGGUUCAAUCACACAGCAUCAUCACUGGUCAGGCAAUCCCGCAGAGUGAGGAAGUGCAGGUCGAUCAAAUAAGUCCAUCAGAAAGUAUUGCCACAGCCCCAGAAGAAGUUGCCAGUGCUGUAUCGUCCCAAGCAUCAUGUAAACCAGCCCAAUCGAAACGGAAGCUGUUCAGAGAAACGGAGUCUCAGGUUACGCCAAAAGAUCCAAAAAAGCAACGUACAAAAGGGCUUCAGAAAACUCCGCCAACAUCACGGCAUACAGAAAUUACUCCGAAGUCUAGACGAUCAACCAUGUCAAACACAGAACUCAGACUAACAAAAGAUGUACAGACACCAAUACCUGCUCAAAAUUUUAUAGUUAAAAAAACGACCUCCACACAGACAGUAAUUGCAACUGAAAACAAAAGCGUACAAGCAUGCUUAGAAAAAAUUGAGUUGUUGAAGACAAGCGACAAAGAAUUAAAGAAGUAUACAGGAAUCGAAAAUUAUAAAUUGUUUCAAAUUUUACACAAAUAUCUUGUCUCCCAAUGUUCAGAUAGCAUAUGCACUAUUCAAACUCAUAGUGAUGAUCCAUCAAAAUUAUAUUCACACAUUUCUACAGAAAAUCAGUUACUGCUUGUAUUGUACAAACUGAAAAGAAACCCUGUAGAUUCUGUUUUAUCAUCUGAAUUUCAUGUUUCAACAGGACGUAUUUCUGAGAUUUUCAAAUUCUGGAUAAGACGAAUGUACAGAAAAUUCAAAAUAAUAAAGAUUUGGCCAUCUCACGAAAAUGUACAAAAAUACAUGCCUAGCGCUACAAAGCAGCACUUUCCAGAUUUAGUUGCAAUUUCUGACUGUGUGGAAUUUAGUACUCAGGUCCCACGAGCCCCAUUGCCUGGGAAACAACUAUUUAGUAAUUAUAAAAAUUGUCACACUGUUAAAGUAAUGUAUAGCACAGCACCAAAUGGUGCACUCAUUCACUGUUCUGAUGCAUAUGGAGGCAAUAGCUCUGACAAAGAAAUAUUUGCUCAAUUUGUCAACUAGGUUAAAGCCGCAUGAUGGACUAAUGGUUGACAAAGGAUUUUUGAUAAAAGACUGUAUACAGGGAAAAGAUAUCAAACUGUACAGGCCGCCAUUUUUAUCAGAAAAAGGAAAACAGUUCGACUCCACUGAUCGUGAAUCUGGGCGACUCAUUGCACGGUCAAGAAUUGUGGUAGAAAACUUCAAUGCGCGCUAGAGUUAUUUUGCAUUUUUAAAACAGAAGAAAAUUCCAAUAUUGUAUUUGCCUAUCAUGAAUGAAAUAAGUUUUGUAUGUGGAUUUUUAGCCAACUUAGGUCCUCUAGUGAGGAAUGUACAAAGCACGGAAUCAUUACAUGAGCAAAUGGAUGAGGAUGACAUAGUUUAAAUGGUCAGAUUUAUAAAAAAUAAGUAAUACUUAGUUUAUCAAGGUCAACUGGAGAAGCGCCUUUUUAGCUCACCUGUCACAAAGUGACAAGGUGAUUUUUUGUGAUCCGUCCGUGCGUGCGUGCGUCCGUAAACUUUUGCUUGUGACCACUCUAGAGGUCACAUUUUUCAUGGGAUCUUUAUGAAAGUUGGUCAGAAUGUUCACCAUGAUGAUAUCUAGGUCAAGUUUGAAACUGGGUCACGUGCCGUUAAAAACUAGGUCAGUAGGUCUAAAAAUAGAAAAACCUUGUGACCUCUCUAGAGGCCAUAAUUUUCAAUGGAUCUUCAUGAAAAUUGGUCAGAAUGUUCAUCUUGAUGAUAUCUAGGCCAAGUUCGAAACUGGGUCACGUGCGGUCAAAAACUAGGUCAGUAGGUCUAAAAAUAGAAAAACCUUGUGACCUCUCUAGAGGCCAUAUAUUUCACAAGAUCUUCAUGAAAGUUGGUCAGAACGUUCACCUUGAUGAUAUCUAGGUCAAGUUAGAAACUGGGUCACGUGCCUUCAAAAACUAGGUCAGUAGGUCAAAUAAUAGAAAAACCUUGUGACCUCUCUGAAGACCAUAUUUUUCAUGGGAUCUGUAUGAAAGUUGGUCUGAAUGUUCAUCUUGAUGAUAUCUAGGUCAAGUUCGAAACUGGGUCACGUGCCGUCAAAAACUAGGUCAGUAGGUCUAAAAAUAGAAAAACCUUGUGACCUUUCUAGAGGCCAUAUAUUUCACAAGAUCUUCAUGAAAAUUGGUCAGAACGUUCACCUUGAUGAUAUCUAGGUCAAGUUCGAAAUUGGGUCACAUGCCUUCAAAAACUAGGUCAGUAGGUCAAAUAAUAGAAAAACCUUGUGACCUCUCUAAAGGCCAUAUUUUUCAUGGGAUCUGUGUGAAAGUUGGUCUGAAUGUUCAUCUUGAUGAUAUGUAGGUCAAGUUCGAAACUGGGUCACGUGCGAUCAAAAACUAGGUCAGUAGGUCUAAAAAUAGAAAAACCUUGUGACCUCUCUAGAGGCCAUAUAUUUCAUGAAAUCUUCAUGAAAAUUUGUCAGAAUGUUAACCUUGAUGAUAUCUAAGUCAAGUUCGAAAGUGGGUCACGUGCCGUCAAAAACUAGGUCAGUAGGUCAAAUAAUAGAAAAACCUUGUGACCUAUCUAGAGGCCAUAUUUUCCAUGGGAUCUGUAUGAAAGUUGGUCUGAAUGUUCAUCUUGAUGAUAUCUAGGUCAGAUUCGAAACAGGGUCAUGUGCGGUCAAAAACUAAGUCAGUAGGUCUAAAAAUAGAAAAACCUUUUGACCUCUCUAGAGGCCAUACUUGUGAAUGGAUCUCCAUAAAAAUUGGUCAGAAUGUUCACCUUGAUGAUAUCUAAGUCAAGUUCGAAAGUGGGUCACGUGCCAUCAAAAAGUAGGUCAGUAGGUCAAAUAAUGAAAAAACGUGACCUCUCUAGAGGCCAUAUUUUUCAUGGGAUCUGUAUGAAAGUUGGUCUGAAUGUUUAUCUUGAUGAUAUCUAGGUCAAGUUUGAAACUGGGUCAACUGCGAUCAAAAACUAGGUCAGUAGGUCUUGAAAUAGAAAAACCAUGUGACCUCUCUAGAGGCCAUACCCUUGAAUGGAUCUUCAUGAAAAUUGGUCAGAAUGUUCACCUUGAUGACAUCAUGAUAUCUAGGUCAAGUUUGAAACUGUGUCAUAUGCCUUAAAAAACUAGGUCAAUAGGUCAAAUAAUAGAAAAACCUUGUGACCUCACUAGAGACCAUAUUUUUCAAUGGAUCUUCAUGAAAAUUGGUCAGAAUUUUUAUCUUUAUAAUAUCUAGGUCAAGUUCAAAACUGGGUCACAUGAGCUCAAAAACAAGGUCACUAUGUCAAAUAAUAGAAAAACCGACGUCAUACUCAAAACUGGAUCAUGUGGGAAGAGGUGAGCGAUUCAGGACCAUCAUGGUCCUCUUGUUAUCUCAUUGUAUGACUAUAGCUUUUUCAGGGAGUAUGUGUGUUCAAUAUUGUCAUCAUUCUCGUGUAAGACAAAUAAAAACAAUCGUGUUAAAGUUU